AUGACAUUUGAAAGGCAACCAAAUCUAACAAGAUUUACUAUUCAAACCUUCACUGAUGCCCCGGAACUCCAAAUACCUAUUUUCUUAAUCUUUCUACUUGGCUAUCUCAUCAUUAUCCUUGGAAACCUCACUAUUUUUGUUGUCAUUGUAAGUGAAGCUAGUCUUCAUACCCCUAUGUAUCUAUUUUUGAUGAAACUUUCACUUCUUGAUAUCUCCUGUGCGUCAAACAUUCUACCCAACAUGUUACAUAUGCUUCUGACACAACACAAGACAAUUUCAUUUGUAGGAUGUAUCACGCAGGUGUAUUUCUUCAUAUCCCUGACCUUCACUGAACUCCUCUUGCUUGGGGCCAUGGCGUAUGACCGAUACUUAGCAAUAUGUCACCCCCUUCAUUACUUCAUGCUGAUGAGUUUCAGACACUGUGCGUUGCUGAUAAUGGCCGCUUUUACCAUAGGCUUCAUUGAUCCAGUGGGACAUGUUGUCCUUAUAUCUAAGUUGUACUUUUGUGCUUCCCAUCUUAUUGACCAUUUUUUCUGUGACGUUUCACCCUUGCUGAAGCUCUCCUGCAGCGACACAUCGCAUGUAGAAAUGUUAACGUUUGUGGAAGGGACAUUCAUUGUUUUCCCAGAUUUCCUACUUACGUUAAUCUCAUAUAUAUUCAUUAUUGCCACAAUUCUGAAAAUAAAAUCUGCAGAAGGUCGGCAAAAAGCCUUCUCCACCUGCACCUCCCAUCUGACCUGUGUUAUUAUGUUUUAUGGAACUAUCAUGUGUUUGUACAUGAGACCCACGUCAAGCUAUUCUCCAAAACAAGACAAAUUUUUUGCUCCUCUGUACGUUGUCUUGGUUCCGAUGCUAAACCCAGUUAUUUACAGUCUAAAAAAUCAAGAUGUUAAAGGUGCUCUAAAAAAACUGAAGAACAAGAUAAUAUGUAAAUAA